AUGUCAUUUUCGAUGGGAUCAGAUAAUGUUGUUGAUGCAAUGAGUGUCAGUGGAGACUCGCAACAACCUGAAACUUCAGUUCCCUCCGGCCUUGAUACAUUCAAGACAGAGUACCAUCCGAAAUCUGGUCGCGCAACAACUAUAGAGACUUUCUCUACCUUCGGGCGCAAGCAAGAUCAAUGGUUGCCCAUCAUCGACGAAGAACCCUGGCAGCCGUUCAGCUGUCAUGCAGACUUCGAGUUUGCUGAACUCGCACACAAUGCCGCCUUGAACAAGGACCACACAGACGAGCUGUUGCAGCUCAUUUGGAGAAUCGCUGAGGGCCACGCAAAACUCACGUUCAAGUCCCACCGUGAUGUUUCUUCGGCCUGGGACAGGGCGGCCUCUCAGAUGACACCUUUCGAGAAGCAUACUAUCACUGCCCGACACAAACGGGAGGACCUUACAUUUGAUGUAUAUACACGCCCAUUGUGGGACUGGGCCUUGGACUUACUACAGGACCCAUUACUGGCGCCGCACUUUGUUUGGGAUGCACAGCGGUUGUACAAACAUGACGGGGCGCAUUACGAACACUUUUACCAUGAGCCUUGGACUGCAGAUCGCUGUCGUUUUACCGAAAACGGCGUCCCUUUUGCCUUCAUACUGUAUGCAGACAAGACGCAUCUGUCUUCUGCUGGGACCAUUAAAGCUUAUCCGGUCUUUGCUCAAUGUGGGAACUUGCCCGUUCACAUCAGAAAUACUGAUGGGCUGGGCGGCGGACUGGAUGACUCUAAGGAGGAUGGUAAACUGUCUUAUGUGAACCUCAAAUGGGUUGUGUGGCAUGACGGGUUUCUCAAGCUUCUUGAAACCAUCAUACUCUAUGCCAAGACAGGAUACGCACAUCUGUGUUCUGACGGUAUUGUUAGGUGGCUGUAUGCAUUCAUUUUGCUUUUGUCGGCUGAUUACGAAGAGCAAUGUGUCAUGGCGCUCAUACGGGGGACAAACUGUCAUUGCCCUUGUCCAAUCUGCCUUGUCCCAUCGGAUAAACUCUACGACAACACAUCUACUUAUCCAAUCCGAUCGCCUGAAGAUGCGCAAUCUUGUGUAGAACUGUGGAAGAAGAAUAAAGCAGCUGGAGAAGAAGCAUUAAAAAAACGGGGCUUGCGGCCAGUUAUGAAUGUCUUCUGGCAGAUCCCGAAUUCUAACCCUCACGAAACGAUCUCACAGGAUCACCUCCACGUUUAUCAUAUCGGGGAAUGGGGGAAACAUCUAUUUGGCGAGCUUAAACGACAUGCAGCGGCUUUGGGAUGCAGCGCCAAGAAGAAGAUUGACGAUCAGUUCGCUGCCUUCACACGUUGGCGCAAUUUGAAUCAUUUUGAUCGCGUUACCAACAUCACCUAUAGCGAUGGUAACAAACUUCGAGACAUUUCCAAGAUAUACGACGAAGCUGGCUAUGCACUUCUAUGGUGCAUAGUGAGUUAUCUACAUAUCGACAUGUACGUAUCACUUGACGUGCAUACAGACAGCACAAUCCAAGCAGGAAAAGUGGAGGUUCUGGUGUUUCAGACGCACUUAGAGGACUACAUCGCAAUUAUUGAGGAGACCGAUCCCGAUGCAACCAAGAACUGGAACUUUCCCAAGAUGCACGCCUCAAAGCAUAUUUUCGACGAUAUCCUCACAAAAGGUGCUGCCCGCAACUUCAGCACUCGACCGAACGAAAAGCAGCAUGGGCUGAUCAAGCGCUGGUACCUACGGCAGACCAAUUGUAAGGAUAUCACUAACCAGAACCUUGUACUCGACCAUAAGAGCUUCGUUACCGAGUUUAUUCGCAGCCAACUUGAAGACAAUGACACUGACGACGAGCCAUUUGAAGCUCACCUGCAUAUCGGUUUGCCCCUUAGGACUCUCACCAGCCUAGCGCAAGUGGAGGAAGACAACAGGUCAAAUCAUGCCUUUGACCAUUUCAGGAAGAAGCUUGCAACAUUUCUGAAUCACUUCCUGCCCUCCCACAACAUACCAUUACCAGACGGAAUACAGUGGCUGAAACUUUCAGCACAUGACCAAUGCUUGAUCAGAUCUCUGACACUUCAAAAGGUUCACGAACAUCGCUAUCUCAAAGUCCACUAUGAGUCAGCUGCUACCUGGAAGUUGGCCACUGACUAUCUGCGAUGCAGUUCAAGUUUUCAUGACAACGAGUGUCGUGACUGUGCUCUAAUCCGCACACAGGACAAGGAUGGCCACGACAAAUAUAUCUUUGUCAAGCUAUUAUUUGUGUUCAAGCUUACUGUCUGCAACUGCACCUUAGAUCUUGCCUUGGUUCUUCCCAUGGAUGCUUCACCACACCUGCGACUGACUCGACUACAUGCACGGCCUGCAGCUUUGUCUGAAUUCGUCACUCUUCAUUCCAUUAUUCGUGGUGCUUUACUUGUCCCAGAUUUUGGCAACCAUGGGGAUUAUUUUCUCGUCGACUACGUGGAUACUGAUAUGUUUCUUCGGGUCAAAAGGAACCUUUCUUAG